GGCAGCUCAGUGGUCAUAGAACAGGAAUUGCAGACUAAAGAGGACGUCCACCCAAGUAGCAGGCUCGUGUAGCUCCUAUGGCCUAUAAGGGGGGGAGUGAAUGGUGAAUAAGGGUCUGGAUGGAGGUAAUCACGAACUCUCAGUGAUUCAUAAGGCGAGUGAGUGGGCUCCAAUCGAGUUGUUCUUCUAUGAACGCUAGUAGGGCGUGUUUGCUUUGUGGGAGCUUGUGGAGUAGCAAUCGCCAUGGCCUCCUCCGGAUCAGCCUAUGGCGGGCCUGUGGCCACUCUCACCUCGCCCCGAGGGGAGAAUCUUCAGGCCCCAUCACAGGCCUCGACUUCGAGGACCCCGGAGACAGACAAGUCGGAAAAUAUCGUCCCAUCCUCGUCGCCAACUCGAGAUGAAACUUUGGGGGCAAUUUUUGAGACAGCUUACAAUGCCGCCGGACCCCAAGGGCAGUCCCAUGGGACUCAUUUUGGGGAGCAUCUCUUUGCGGGCGAUACGGACGAGGAAGAUGAAGAUGAAGAGGAUGGGCUUAUGACGGGGAAUGGUGCUGGACCAGUAAGCAAUGGACUAAACCCGUUUCCAUCGUUGAGCUUGAACGGGUUGAGCUUGGCUAAUGGAGCCUUGCCUUACUAUUCGUCGUCCAGAUCCAAUUCCAUGCGACGGCCUUUGCCUGAAGAGGAGGAUCGAGACCUGGGACCUCAUCUGCUUCUGACUCCGACGGAGAUUUCGGCUCGGGAGUCUCUAAGAUCGCGAGGCCCCUUGAGCCUUCAAUUACCGAUGGAUGUGUCGGCCUCGUCGGUCAUGUCCGGAUCCACUGCUACCACGAUGUCUUCCUCCAGGCAAAGGCCUUCCACCUCCGUGUCGUGUUCUUCCGCGGCCAAUUCAGUGCAUCAUUCAGUGGGUAUGCCCGCCUUCCUUAGAUCUCGCCCCACGCCCUCCUCUUCGGCCACAAUUCAUUACGGUGCCUACCAGCCUGAUCUCGGUGCCUCGGGCGCGUAUCUAGGCCCUUUGAUGCGUGAUCCUAUGAUGUCUUCCGGUCUUCCACCCACCUACCCUUUGGAGGUUGAACUAGACACGCCUGAUCUGCCGCCGUAUCCUUAUCACCCUCUUGUUCCACCGACCUAUCACCAUCACCAUUACCAUCACUACGCUCAUUCGGAGCCACCGCCCAGCUAUCAAGUGGCUGUCCGAUCCUCACGUAUGGCACCCACCUCUAGUUUGACGAGCAAUCGAAGCUCCUCCGGAGCAAGACCGAAGCAUAGGUCCCAAAGACCGGAUGGAAAUCCUUCUACCGUGUGUGUCUCCAUAACACCAACAGUGCCGUCAUCUCAUUCUUUCAACUUACCUCCAACCCGUCGAUUGAAACGAUCGGCAAGCGAAGGAUCUGAAAUUGGCUCCUCAGCCAAGAAACGAGAUAGCGGAGUCGAAGGAUUCGGUUCUUCCUCGUCGUCCUCCAGACGAACUGAUACGGUUUCUGAGGAGGUUGAUAGUACGAUUUCAUCGUCAAUAAAGACUGACCAACAAACAGCUCGAGCUACAGUGAAGACUGAAAAUUGUCAGGUGUCUUCCACCUCGGGUGAGGAUCAAACGGGCGAGGCCAUGCCCCAUGAUAGUGCUAUUGGUCAACGGCAGCCCACUCUCAAGGUUGAGGUUGACGACUCUUCUCGGUCUGAAAAUGUGGGCAGUCCACAACCUGGACCGUCUGGCCUUCAAACUAAUCAAGUUGGCGAUGACUUGUUAAGUGCUCCUGAUCUUCAGCUUGAUUGCUUGUCCUCAGACACGGAAGAGUCUGCUCCUGAAGAGGAUGUUACUGUUGUCAAAAUAAGCCGACGAUUCAAAAAAUCCACCAAAGGUGGCAAGCACUCGAAGUCCAAAAAAGUGCUGGAGGUGGACUUGACUCAAGAAUCUGACGGUAAUUACGAGGAUGAUGAUGACAUUCAGGUCGAGGUCAUCAAUCGUCCUGCUGGCGCCUCUGGAUCAUCCUCGACUUCAGCUAGGGUGACCACAAGAUCUUCUGGGGGAAUCAAGCUUUGUCCAUUCGCCACCACACCAUCUGGACUUCUCCCAGCCAAUGUCCAAUCCCGUGGCAGCUCUAGAGGAUCCACCCCAAGCACGACUCCUGCUCCUCAGCAGCUCUCCCAGGCCAUGGAGGAGGCCAUCAUUCAUCAGCAGAACCAGGGCCAUCAAGAGCAAUGCCCGAGAAGAAUGACAUGCUUCGCCUCCACCAGUGUGGCUCCACAUCACCACCACCCGAAUGGAGUGCCUCCUCCAUAUCCUGGAACAACGGUGGGAACACCCUCAUAUCACUCUCAUCAUUGCAUAGACGGUAUGUGUCCAGGAGAUUGCAUUCCCGGUUACUAUGGCUACAGGCCACGGCGAAUGCGCCAUCCUGAAUUCAUAGCACCGCCCAUCGGUACCAACCCCAGUGUGUUAGCCCCUACUUCAUCGGCUACCACUCAUUCGGCCACCGGAUGUCCUGAUGCACACUGUAGAGUGCAUCAGAACGGGGUGCCCACCACUAACACGUUACUGGAUCAUCCCUAUGGUAUUCCUGAAAUGACCACGCCUGGAACGGUGGCAUCCGACACCAUACCCGCUCCUCCGCAAGCCCACCAGCAUGACUUCAGUUGUCGAGACGGACUCGUGCGAAUGAAUUCGGCUCCAGCCGCUCACCGAAGUAGCACUGAAACGCGAGCUACAGAGCAACCAGCUGCUGGAUCAACCUCCUCGAAUUCCAACCCUCACGGCCUGGGGAAUGAUUUGAGAUCUCGAAAUGAUCAUCGCCUCAUAAAUGCCGUCUAUAAUAUGCAGUAUCAUCCCUCGAUGCGCCAACGACAAGUUCGUAUGCAUCCAAGGCACCAGCAUCUCCUCCAGCAUCAGCAGUAUCAAAGGGAAGUCAUGCGACGUCACAUGGGCGGCGGUGCUGGUGGUGGUGGUAGUGGUGGUGGCAACAAUGGCCCGGGUGGAGUAACUGGAAUUGGAAACGGAGGAGUGGUGGGAUCCCAAUCCCAUGCGCAAGCGCAUGCUCCUCCCAAUCGCGUGGCUCCACCUCAACCUCCUCACCCCCUUCCGGCUCAUUUGAGCCACCCUUUCCCAACUGGUCCACCGGUUGGCGAGCACAACCAUCACGUUCAUCCUCACUAUUUCCCCCCAUCUCGCUAUUACCAUCAUCACCCUCACGGCAACCAAAUGCCUCGUCUGCUGCUCCAGGCAGCGUUCCCGCCUUACUAUCAGAACCCUGUCAUGCAUGUAUUUGAGGAGCAGAGACGAACCAUGGACAACUAUCGGGGAGCCUCCCAAGAUUGCAUAGAUCGGAACACAUUAGCUCAUAAAUUUUCCCGGAUUCCUCGAGUCAAAAACGCCGACGAGCCCGAGGAGGAGGAGGAAGAAGAGGUCGAUAAGUGUACGAUUUGCCUAUGUGAAUUUGAACACGAUGAAGACGUCCGACGUCUGCCUUGUUUACAUCUGUUACACGUGCUUUGCGUGGACAAGUGGUUGUCUCAAAACAAGCGCUGUCCGAUUUGUCGGGUUGACAUUGAGGCCAAACUACCUUGUGUAGCAGAGGCCAAUGCUAGCGAUGCUACAAAUCUUGGGGCUGGAGAAGGGCCCAGUGGUCUUGAUCCAAGUUCAAGAGACGGUCCAGGAUCGUCGGGUGGGUCUAGUGGCUUUAAGUCCGAGUCCUUCCUGGGCGAUCAGCGUCAAAGAUAAGUGUGCCGGCUUAUCCACAACACUUUCACAUGUAUGAAGGGCAUUAGAUGAGUAACGGUCCCCUCCCAUUCCCCAAUUUGAAUACACUAAAGUACACAGCCACAACUACAAAAUGCCUUAUGUUUAUGGCGCUUCAAAGUGAUAGAAGCAUGACAAAAAAAGAUAAGAUUAAUAUCCGCCAUGAUGCAGUUAGAAAUACCCUUCAGACACUCCUCGGGAGCACCAUUGAUAAAAGCUGGAGGAGAUGUUUUAGAAAACUUUUGAGAUUCAUCCCAAGCUCAUUUGGAAAACGAUGAAAAGUUGUUUUGCAAUGAAUGGCACUUCAAUAUCCACUCGUAUAUGUCUUACCAAGUCAGAUGUAGAAGAAUUUUCAAGAUGCCCGAUUGCUCGAAUCCAAGUGGCUUGGAUUGAGAUCCGCAUUUCUGUUAUCAUAUGAAUAAGCCUCCUUUACCAUUAUACCUCUAUCAAAAUCUUCGAUUGUGUCCAAAACAAUGUUCAUAACGUGUUCGAUAGUCUUGCUUAAGUUACUUUAUUGUAAAUACAUGCGGAUCCAAAGUAA